GAGACACAGCUAUGGAACUGGCUGUGAUGUGACUGACAAUCGUGUGUAGUACGAGGCCCUGGUUCCUUUAUUUCCAGCUACCAUGUCUUCCCUGCUCUUGAUCCUGCUGCCGCUGGUGACAGUUGUGUGUGCUCAGUUACGGAUCACCACCUCCACUGCACCCAUUGCUUCUGAGACUGGAAGCACAGCUGUCUUGCAAUGUCUGUUUUCUUUGGGUGUGACCCCAGUGGAUCCUGCCCAGGUGCAUGUGUUUUGGAAGCAUGAAGGAAAGAAAGUAUUAUCAUACGUUGAGAGAAUCACUGCUUUUAGACCUGGAGCACAUAUCUCAGAAGAGGAGCUUGCAAAAGGAGACGCAUCAUUAUCUCUUUCUAAUGUCACACAGGAAGAUGAAGGUUUGUACACCUGUAGUAUCCGACUGGGAUCUGAACAGGUGACACAGAGCAUGAACCUGAUUGUUAGUGAAUUCCGUUACAUAAGCCUUGAAGGAACUACGGUCAUUAUGAACAAAUCGAAUGAAUUACGCUGCUCAGCACAUAAUCUGUCAUCUCCAGAAGUUACGUUCACGUGGAUGAGAGAUGGAGUGGUUCUCAGCACCUCCACCCCACAUCUGGUAGAAGGUAGUCCUAGUGAAGGCUUUAAGGUUCAAGGUUCCUUCUGCUUUACUCCUGUCCUCGGAGUCGUGGAUGACAAGGCUUACUAUUCAUGUCAAGUUGUGCAAAAGAUAUUCCCUCCACUCAAGAAAACAUUUCAACUUUCCAUUGGAGUUCAACCAGAAGUCUUCUUCCACCUCUCAAGCCAAGGGCAAAAAAACUCAUCUAUAAUCUGCCUGGUGUCAGGUUUUUAUCCUGACGAUCUAAACCUUUCCAUGAAAAGAGACGGAGAGCUCUUAGGAUGCAAAAUCCAUAAAUGGAGGAACGCCAAUGGCACCUACUCAUUAGAAGCCACUUAUCGGACCAAUGUGACAUAUAGCGAUAACAAAGUUGACUACACUUGUACUGUCCACCAUCCCUCCAUCCCAGACGGUACAACAGAGAGACUGACGUUUCUGGUUGAUGCUUACAUACCAAAAGCGUUGUGGAUUUCAGCUUCUUGUGGCUUGCUACUGAUAACGGUUAUUCACAUUUUUUGCAGACAUGUGAAUGACAUCUCGACUUGCAAAGACUGGACUGAAGGCAGCACUGCUGUUCUAAAAUGUAGUAUUGCAGGCCGAUACCCCAAAACCAUAACUGCAGUGUGGCUGAUCCGACAAGGGGACAAGGAGAUUGAGAUAAAAGAGAAAGGCUCCCUGUACACGGCUGGCGACUACAAAGAGCUGCAGGAACAGGAUUCCUACAAGUGUUGGAAUAUCAUUAAGAGCCGAUUUGUGGGUGGAAUACGCCAUUCGCUUUGCUCUAUCCUUAGCUUCCAGGUGGACAAGGAGCGUCACGACCAGGCAGAGUUCAUCUGCCGCUUCAUGAGAGCAGGAAAGGUUUUGCUGGAGAAGAAAUACAUUGGCAGUGUCCCGGACAGUUAUGGCUUCUACUCCGUAUCGGACAUUUGUGCACCUGAAACAUGCAAUGAGGGAGAGAAAUUAACCCUUAGCUGCAUUAUGAGAGGGAACAUCCCCCGGGACAUCAGCGUUACAUGGGAAAAGAGCCUGAAUGAAGAGCGGACACUAAUCUUAAUGGAAGAGGACGCCAACUACCAGGUCACGGAGAACAAAUCGCAAGGACAGAUCUGCGCUUUCCUAACACUUUGCCCAAGCUGUGAAGAGUCCGGUGCCGUGUUUACAGCUUCGUUCUCCGAAAACGAGGGGAGGAUCCUCGCAGAGCGCAGCUCGGCGCCUCUGAAAGUAGCCGAAACAAAGAACAACUGGUCUCGGACUUAUCAGGACUGGGGUUUCCGGGCGUUUGAUGAAAGCGUGAUCACGGAGAUGUGACGUUGUGACGUCUUUUCACCAAGAAGUUAACCCCCAUUUGCUUUUCUCCUGCAUCCGCCCCCUCACCUCCCAGGACUGGUCCCACACAAUGAAUGGUCUGCAUCCAUCAUUAGGAUCAUUCUUAAAAGACUGAAUUCUACAAACAUAGUAAGAAGCGCCCGGUGGUGGCUGGUACGUAGCCCGCGUCAUUCCUUGUAUUCUUCGUGUAACAGUCUGGACUUACACCGUCACAGGGGCUGUGCUAUUUCAUCACAUUAUAGCAAUAUUUCAUUAGGCAGCAAUCAGAAGGCAGACAGAUUCAGGAGAA